GUUCUUGGCGGGCUGCGGCGCGAGACGCGGGUGCCCGCGCGGUUCGAGCGCCCGGGGCAGCCAUGGCCGCCAUCUGGGAGAAGAAUCACUUCUGGCUCUACUUGCUGGCCCUGGGCUUCGACCCGGACGAAUGCCCCGAGGACGUGAACGUGGGACGGAACAUGUUUGAUAAACCAAACCCCAAAGCGUUUGCUGUUGUUGCCCUCUUCUUGUUUACUAAGCUGGAUAAGGACCGCGCACAAGAAACUUUUCGAAAUUAUGUGUUGGGAAUGGAUGCCGAUCUUCAAUUUAGGAAGCACUGCUGUGACUGGCUAAGAGAAAUUUCAAGUCAAGGGAAAAUCGGUCUUCCAAAGAUUACACCUUCAUCACUUCUUUCUCCUGCUGGUGCUAAAUUUGUUCGCUUCGUCUACUGGUUUGCAAGAUAUGUAAUGAUUGAGGACAUGAAAAAGUUCUCUGCAGGCACUUGUAUACCUUUUGCUGAAGCUGUAAUGUUGAGACCUGAGGACAUGUACAUUGCAAAAGCAAGACAUAGAGUUGGAUACAAUAAAAUGCUGCAAAUUCUUCAAAAGGAAGACAUUGUUAUUCAAGAAUAUGGGAAAAAAGCACAGGUUUUGAUUAAAGAAAUAGAAGAGACAAAGUCUGAAUAUGCAGUCAUGCAGAUACAGUCUUCGAGGAUGAAACAAAAUGACCGAAACAAAAGUGACACAGUUGAGAGAAUUGAAAAGGUCCGCAGUAUGUGGACACUUAUAAUGGAAAUGCUUACAUCUCUGAAAAAGGAUAAGGAAGUUGUGGAUUCUGUACUUGAAAAUUGUGUGCAUCAGUGUAUUUUAGAUGGAACUGAUGUUGUUUUGAGAGUUCCAAGGUUGCUGGCUCACAGAAUUCAAAGUGAUGAAAGUUUUACAGAAAAUGUAUAUGAAGAUGGAAAAUUGAAGUUCUUAGCAGUCAUUCAGGUGUUAAAUGAAGCCUUGAGGAUGUUGAGAAAUGCACACUGUCAGUCUGAAUUAAAAGAACUUCACAGGAUUGAGAACAUGGUUAAAUCUUGCAAUAAAUUAUUACAGGAUUUGAACACAAAGAGGCUAGAAAGAGAGCAACAACAUUGUGUGUCAGUGUGUGAAUCUAUUUCUAGAAAAGAGGAAGACUGGGAAAUGAAGUGGAAAACAUUUCUUGGCCAUUAUCCUUUCAAUUCAAUCUUUAAAGAGGAUCUAGAACCUAGUUCAACAGCUUCACCACCCCAAUCUCCUAGUCUUCCAGAAGAAGGUAAAGACAGCGACCUUCAUCAAUAUCUAGCAUCAAUUUCAGGUAUUUUUGACUCUCUUAAUAAAGAACGUUGUGAGAAAGAUGAGGGAGCUUUGGAAACUAUGAUGGAUAAGUCAUCACCACCACCAAAAUGGUAUGCUUAAUGAGAAAAUGAUAAAAAAGCAGUGGGAAAAAAAAAAGAAAUUUAUUUGCUGGACUUGAAUAUUUUGCAUGUCUUGAACCUUAGUGGAAUAUUUCAGUAGCCCAUUUCUUACAUGUCACCACCACCUAAUUUAGCAAGAUAGGCCUAAAGUAACUGCUGCUUUCUCUGGCUGGUGACUGAUUGAUCAACUAGUUGCUGCUGAAUAGGGUGUGUAGCAGCCAAGUUGCAAAGUUUUUAUCUCACUUUUUAAAUAUAUUGUUCCAAGCUUUAAGAGGUGGGUGGAGAGAUUAGAAAAUUUUGUUUCUCGGCUAAAUCUCCUCAACAAGACUUUUUUCAUGACUCUUCUUGAGAGUUACAAUUACGUUGUUCUGUAACUACUCUUACUGUAUUACCAGUGAAGGAUAGAACACAGAACAAUUAUAUUCCAAAAUUUUUUGCCUGUUUGUCAUUUGUUUAGUCCAGGAAUGUUUCGUGACCUUUUGAAUUAUGCUAUAUUUCAUAAUAUGAAUCCUACAGAUACUUGAAAGUUUCCUACAGGAGAGAAAGGGAGU